CACUGACAGCACUGGGAGGGUUAAGCUGAGUUUUUGGUCCAGUCGGUGUGUGCUGUGCUACUGUAGAGUGGGUAUGAAUGCUUGGAGGAAAGCAGCCUGUACUGCACAGGAGUUCAGUCACUGCGCUACAAAGACUACAUAGGGAAAGCAGCAGCAGAGCACGAAAUGGGAGACCCAAAGCACAGUCCAGGUUUAACUACAUGAUUGCAUUGAUUUGAUACCAUGAGGCAAAACUUACUGUGGAGCUGAAGAGAUGGAGUUCCUCACUUUAAUUGUGCCAUCCCUGCUUGUACUCUCCAUCCAGCAGUAUAAGUUUAUCAGGGCCAUGAAUGACAUUGGCGAGUAUAUCGGAACAGAUAUUGAAAUAUACUGGCUUCCUAAUCUGGAUGAUUUGAUGAAGGGGUAUGCUCGGAAUUUCCGCCCAGGGAUAGGAGGUCCUCCGGUGAAUGUAGCCAUGGCUAUAGAAGUAGCUAGCAUUGAUCACAUCUCGGAAGUUAACAUGGAGUACACAAUGACGGUGUAUCUCCGUCAAAGCUGGCGAGACGACAGGCUCUCGUACAACCACACCAAUAAGACUCUGGGGCUGGACAGCCGCUUCGUGGAGAAGCUGUGGCUGCCGGACACGUUCAUCGUCAACGCCAAAUCCGCCUGGUUUCAUGACGUCACUGUGGAGAACAAGCUCAUCCGCCUGCAGCCCGACGGAGUUAUCCUGUACAGCAUUAGAAUUACCUCGACAGUUGCAUGCGACAUGGAUCUCACCAAGUACCCAAUGGAUGAACAGGAAUGCAUGCUGGAUUUGGAGAGCUACGGCUACUCUUCUGAAGAUAUCGUCUAUCAUUGGUCGGAGAACCAGGAUCAAAUCCAUGGACUGGAUAAACUCGAGCUGUCUCAGUUUACCAUCACGGACUACAGAUUUGACACAGAGGUUAUGAACUUCAAAUCUGCCGGCAGGUUUCCCAGGCUAAGUCUUCGAUUCCAGUUACGGCGGAAUCGAGGCAUUUACAUCAUGCAGUCCUAUAUGCCUUCCAUCUUAUUGGUCGCCAUGUCUUGGGUUUCCUUUUGGAUUAGCCAAUCAGCUGUGCCUGCAAGGGUAUCAUUAGGAAUCACCACAGUCCUCACAAUGACCACCCUCAUGGUCAGCGCCAGGUCGUCUCUUCCGAGAGCGUCUGCCAUCAAAGCCCUGGACGUUUACUUCUGGAUCUGCUACGUGUUCGUGUUCGCCGCCCUGGUGGAGUAUGCCUUUGCUCACUAUAACGCCGACUACAAGUACAUGCGGAAACCGAGAACGAAGAUCAAGGCAAACAAAUCUGGAGCAGAGUCCUUUGUAAAAAAUGGCAAACAAGCCAUGGUGCUCUUCUCCCUUUCAAUGGCCGGCAUGAACCAGGACUUGAUGAUUUCUAACCGGCAGCACCGGGCCCAGAAGCCCCCUGGGGUUCCCUACGGCACAGACGAGGUCGAGAACGGCAAGACAAAGUCAAAGAAGCAUGACACCAAGACAGAGAAGAAGCCCAUAUUUAAACCCAUUGGCGCGGACACCAUCGAUAUCUAUUCAAGAGCUGUGUUCCCUGCGGCCUUUGCUGCUGUCAAUGUCAUCUAUUGGGUGGCCUACACCAUGUAAAUAUGAUACAGUACACAGUAGAAAUAGCCAGGCAGACUGAUGCAGCUUUUCCGAACAUCAGUCUCCCUGAGUUAUUUCUACCAUGUGAUCUAACGAAAGUGGAAGCUGAAACGCUGGGGCUAACAGUGACCUUUCGGUUUAUGAAAAAGUUUAUGACUUUUCUGACUUCAUUCAAUAUAAUAAUGUACAUGCAAAAAGCAACAGCUACUGAUCCGAUACCGUAACCCAGAAUCCAAAGCCACGUGUGCAGAUAACGGAUCGUAAUGUAUCAUUUAUCAGCAGAUAACAUUAAAUGGAACUUGCCUGACCUGUUGGUGGCAUCUUAUUUUACAACCAAUUUCUUCAACAGGAGGUCAGCUGGUUGUGAACUUGACAACGUAUGAUUCUAAUAGCUACACAACAGCUGUGUGUCAUUUUCUGGGUGGUGCAUGAAUUGUUUAAUAUAUGUAGUGUAUUUUUGCACUUUUUUGGUGCUGAAUACAGAAUGGAGACAGGGAAGCCUGCUGUUCUUUCCUCUGGUGCCAUCAAGUAGAAUUUAACUGUUGUGCAUGUAUUUUCUUCUUCUGCUAUGCAGAAGACACUUCUCUGUUUGUGAACUGCCUACAGUUCUUGUUUCUAGUUUUACACUUUGGAUGUAUUCUCAUCUUCUCAUACCCUCUCUGUCUGUAUUAAAACACCUAAGAGAGGUUUCCCUCUGGUCCUUCAGUUCAAGAGAAAAACAUCAACUGCAAUUGGCAACCUCUGAACUACCAGGCACUUAUUUGUUAUUUCAGGUUUGGUCAUUUUGGUAACGGUGUAUUUUUCCUUUUGUUACUCAUCAAUUGUUUAUUUUUCUGACCAAUCCAGAACCCUCAUGUUUUCUGCCUAUCCUACAGCAUUGCAAAGACUUGAUCUGUUUUGAUUUGCUCAUUAAAAAAACAAAAAAAACAAAAACAUUGCUUGGCUAGGUUUUUUGCGAUGUGAUAUAAUAUGUGGCACAUAUUCUUUUAGCUUGCGUUAUGUUAUCUUGCCAAUGUAGAGUACUGGCAAGAAACAAGCCAGGGGGACCACAAUGAGGAAAUAAA